GCAAUAAUGGAAGAUAGCAUUGCAAGGAGCAGGAUUCUCAAAUUCAUUACAGUUCCCACCUUUGAGCCUCUCUCCAAACGUGAGAAUUACAUGGUGUCUCUAAGAAAAUAAGAGGUUCCAAAAACGCUCAUUUCAAAAACGAAAGAUUUAUUUAGGCAAGAAGGAGGAAGAGAAAAAUCUACACAAGAAUAUGAUCUAUCACUUUAUAGCCAAACUCAAGGGGCUUUAUGACGAAGAAAAUGACAUUUUUACAACUGAUGAAGAGAUUGGCGAUACUGUGGAAGAUCUAUUCUCACUUAUUGGAGAAAUCUUGUACCAAUUUGAUCAGUUAAUUGAGGAUAUAAUCGACUAUGAUAAUCCAAACAUGACGAGGUAUUAUUUGGAUUUUCAUUUUAAUGUACUCAGAGAAUUCUGAGUCAUUUUCUCCCUCAUGUCGGCUGUCAAUAAUUGAGCUAUCGAUUUUUUGUAUCCAAAGACUUUCUUAUUCGACGAAGUGGAAAUGUCUCAGUUUGAGUCAACAUUGAAUAAAAUCUUUAAGUAUUUCCCCAAAACCAUGUCUCCUUUAUGGGAUUACCUAUAUUGAAUCAUUAACAAUCUUCUGGUUGAUUGCCCUAAAAAAUCAAAGUUAUAUUUGAAGGAAAUUGUUAGAAAUACCGAUAUCGAGAAACUUCCUUACAAACCAGCUAUACUACAGACACUUAAGUUCUACUCAAUUUUAAUCAGAAUUGAUGCUUCUGAAAAUUAUUUACAAGGAGUUCAAGAAGGGAUUUACUUCUGCUUAUCAAUCGAAGACUCAGAAAUCCUUACCCAAACCAUGAAGAUCAUUUCAGACAUCCCUAGAAGAACUCAUGACUCUAACAAAAAUAAUCACUUGUUAGUAGAGAAAUUAAUCAAGCUUUUGAAUAAGUAUAACGAGUGCUCUCCACUUGCUGAAAAGCAGCAGGUUCUCGACCUUUUAAAGGCUCUGAACCACUUAGCUAAUAGAGAAAAUGCCGAUCUCAUCAUUGGUUUAAAAACAACUUGAGAAAAGUAUGGAGAAGUUGUAUACAAAGAAUGAGAAAAAAUUCUUUGCAAAAUUGGCUACUAUGAAUAA